AUGCUGAAACAGAGCGAGAGGCGACGUUCUUGGGGCUCCAAGCCCUGGAACACUAUGGGAAGUGAGGUCACGCCUCACGCAGGGGCUAGCCAACACCGUGGGAGCAUCUGCUCCGCGGGAGGCCGCAGUGGCUCCCAAGCCAGCAUCACACCUUGGACCGAAGGCAACUAUAACUACUACAUAGAGGAGGAGGAGGGGGAGGACGGAGAGGAGAUGGAGGAAUGGAAAGAUGACCUAGCCGAGGAGGACCCCCAGGCGGAAGCCACGUCCCAGCUCCAGGACGGCGCAGACCUGCCGGCAGCCAGGUCCACGCUGAACGUGAACGUGGGCGGCCAGAGCUACCACCUGGACUCCCGCGAGGUGGCCUGCUACCCCAAGACGCGCUUGGGCCGCCUGGUGACCGCGCACAGCCGCAGCCGCCAGCUGGGCCUGUGUGACGACUACGAGGAGGAGACGGACGAGUACUUCUUCGACCGCGACCCCGCGGUCUUCCAGCUCGUGUCCAACUUCUACGCGUCCGGGGUGCUGCUGGUACGCGACGAGCUGUGCCCGCGCAGCUUCCUGGAGGAGCUGGGCUACUGGGGGGUGAGGCUCAAGUACACGCCGCGCUGCUGCCGCAUCUGCUUCGAGGAGCGGCGCGACGAGCUGAGCGAGCAGCUCAAGAUCCAGCGCGAGCUGCGGGCCCAGGCGCAGGCCGAGGAGGCCGAGGAGCUCUUCCGCGACAUGCGCUUCUUCGGGCCGCAGCGCCAGCGCCUCUGGAACCUCAUGGAGAAGCCCUUCUCGUCGGUGGCGGCCAAGAUCAUCGGCGUGGCCUCCAGCCUCUUCGUGCUCAUCUCGGUGGUGGCGCUGGCCUUGAACACGGUGGAGGAGAUGCACCCGCAGACGGGCCGGGGCGCGGGCGGCGACGCGCGGCCUGUCCUGGAGCACGUGGAGCUGCUGUGCAUGGCCUUCUUCACGCUCGAGUUCCUGCUGCGCCUGGCCUCCACGCCCGAUCUGCGGCGCUUCGCGCGGAGCGCCCUCAACCUGGUGGACCUGGUGGCCAUUCUGCCCCUCUACCUGCAGCUGCUGCUCGAGGGCGUCACGGGUGAGGACCAUGGGCAUGGCAAGGGCUCGCCCCGGGAACACGACCUGGAGACCGUGGGCCGCGUGGGCAAGGUGGGCCAGGUGCUGCGCAUCAUGCGCCUCAUGCGCAUCUUCCGCAUCCUCAAGCUGGCCCGGCACUCCACUGGCCUGCGUGCCUUUGGCUUCACGCUGUGUCAGUGCUACCAGCAGGUGGGCUGCCUGCUGCUCUUCAUCACCCUGGGUAUCUUCUCCUUCUCCGCGGCCGCUUACUCUGUGGAGCACGACGUGCCCGGCACCAAUUUCACCAGCAUCCCCCACGCCUGGUGGUGGGCAGCGGUGAGCAUCUCCACUGUGGGCUAUGGAGACAUGUACCCAGAGACCCACCUAGGCAGGCUUUUUGCCUUCCUCUGCAUUGCUUUUGGAAUCAUUCUCAAUGGAAUGCCCAUUUCCAUCCUCUACAACAAGUUCUCUGAUUACUACAGCAAACUCAAAGCUUAUGAGUAUACUGCUAUGAGGAGAGAAAGGGGAAAUGUGGAGUUCUUACAGAGAGCCAGAAAGAAGAUGGCUGAGUGUUUAGCUAGAAGCAACUUACAGCCCACCCCAAGACAAGAGAAUUAG